AUUAGCACAAACGUCAAAGUAAAUGUCAUAUUGACGACACUAAACAUAACCUCUUCGCCUUCAAAAAAUAAACUUAGAUUUCCAUAAUUUCGUAGUUUUGCCGUUUAUUUUCACGUUGCGAUGCAUUUGACGGUGCGCCUACUUGCCAACAGGCACCCGUCCUUCAUAGCACGGACAGUGUUCGUUAAAAAUAACAACGUCGACGACGCCUGUCGCCUGGUAAACAGAAUCCUCGGCAAAGAAGGCAUACUGGAGCAAUAUCGCCUCACAAGAUAUUAUGAAAAGCCUUUCCAGACUAGAAGGAGGAUCAACCAUGAAAAAUGCAAGGCAAUUUAUAACGAGGAUAUGGAGAGGAAAAUUCAGUUCGUUCUCCGUAAGAACCGACACGAGCCUUUCCCUGGAUGUCACUGAAUUGUAUAAAAAUAGCCAUAGUGUUAGAUUAAAAAUGUAAAUAAAAUAAAAGAAACAUAAAUGACA